AUGGAGGGCGACGCUUCAGAUCCAGAGCCUCCAGACGCCGGGGAGGACAGCAAAUCCGAGAAUGGGGAGAAUGCGCCCAUCUACUGCAUCUGCCGCAAACCAGACAUUAACUGCUUCAUGAUCGGGUGUGACAACUGCAAUGAAUGGUUUCACGGGGACUGCAUCCGGAUCACUGAGAAGAUGGCCAAGGCCAUCCGAGAGUGGUACUGUCGGGAGUGCCGAGAGAAGGACCCCAAGCUGGAGAUCCGCUACAGGCAUAAGAAGUCGCGGGAGCGAGACAGCUCCGAGCGAGACGGCAGUGAGCCCCGGGAUGAGGGUGGAGGGCGCAAGAGGCCUGCCCCGGAUCCGGACCUGCAGCGCAGGGCAGGGGCAGGAACAGGGGUUGGGGCCAUGCUUGCUCGGGGAUCCGCUUCGCCCCACAAAUCCUCUCCACAGCCCCUGGUGGCCACGCCCAGCCAGCAUCACCAGCAGCAGCAGCAGCAGCAGAUCAAACGAUCAGCCCGCAUGUGUGGCGAGUGCGAGGCCUGCCGGCGCACGGAGGACUGUGGCCACUGCGACUUCUGCCGAGACAUGAAGAAAUUUGGGGGCCCCAACAAGAUCCGGCAGAAGUGCCGGCUGCGUCAGUGCCAGCUUCGGGCCCGGAAGCUGGGGCGCCUCCGAGAGGACGAGGGGGCAGUGGCAUCUGCGGCAGUCAAGGAGCCACCGGAGGCCACGGCGACACCCGAGCCGCUCUCGGACGAGGACCUCCCACUGGACUCGGAACUGUACCAGGACUUCUGUGCAGGGGCCUUCGAUGACCACAGCCUGCCCUGGAUGAGCGACACGGAGGAGUCCCCGUUCCUGGACCCGGCGCUGCGGAAGCGGGCGGUGAAAGUGAAGCACGUGAAGCGGCGGGAGAAGAAGUCAGAGAAGAAGAAGGACGAAAGAUACAAGCGCCAUCGACAGAAGCAGAAGCACAAGGACAAAUGGAAACACCCGGAGCGGGCAGACGCCAAGGACCCUGCGUCGCUGCCGCAGUGCCUGGGGCCUGGCUGCGUGCGCGCCGCCCAGCCCAGCUCCAAGUAUUGCUCCGAUGACUGCGGCAUGAAGCUGGCGGCCAACCGCAUCUACGAGAUCCUCCCGCAGCGCAUCCAGCAGUGGCAGCAAAGCCCGUGCAUCGCCGAGGAGCACGGCAAGAAGCUGCUCGAGCGCAUCCGCCGGGAGCAGCAGAGCGCGCGCACCCGCCUGCAGGAGAUGGAGCGCCGCUUCCACGAGCUCGAGGCCAUCAUCCUGCGCGCCAAGCAGCAGGCGGUGCGCGAGGAUGAGGAGAGCAACGAGGGUGACAGUGACGACACAGAUCUGCAGAUCUUCUGCGUCUCCUGCGGGCACCCCAUCAACCCACGCGUUGCCUUGCGCCACAUGGAGCGCUGCUACGCCAAGUACGAGAGCCAGACGUCCUUUGGGUCCAUGUACCCCACCCGCAUCGAGGGGGCCACACGGCUCUUCUGCGACGUCUACAACCCUCAGAGCAAGACGUACUGUAAGCGGCUCCAGGUGCUAUGCCCCGAGCACUCACGGGACCCCAAAGUGCCAGCUGACGAGGUAUGCGGGUGCCCCCUCGUAAGGGAUGUUUUCGAGCUCACGGGUGACUUCUGCCGUCUGCCCAAGCGCCAGUGCAACCGGCACUACUGCUGGGAGAAGCUGCGGCGUGCCGAGGUGGACCUGGAGCGCGUGCGCGUGUGGUACAAGCUGGACGAGCUGUUUGAGCAGGAGCGCAACGUUCGCACGGCCAUGACCAACAGGGCCGGCUUGCUGGCCCUGAUGCUGCACCAGACCAUCCAGCACGACCCGCUCACCACCGACCUGCGCUCCAGCGCCGAGCGCUGA